GCUCACUCGAUGGAAGGUUUGUGUAGGACCUUUCACGUUUACCAGGAUUAUUAACGCCAAACCAAAUAUCUCAACAAAUACUAAAGCAGAGCAUUCACGUGCCGAAGACUCCAGGUGGGAAAUAUAUUUCAGAAUUUAUCCUUGCAAUAGCCGGAAGGUGAGAGAGGAUAUUCCUGCUGAGCAGUUCCUGCGCUGGCCGCCCAGUGGCCCUCUUGGCCAGCUCUGGGCGAGCAUUGCUGCUGCGGGGCGGGGCGUGGGGACACCAGCGAGCCCCAGCCCGAUGCUGUCACCGCCUGAGAACCCCGCAGAAAGGCUCCGGUUGCUCCAGAACAUGACCUGAUUGAUAAUCUUCCCAAAUGAUGUGCUGGCAAUCGCUGCAUGGAGACGUGCCUGGAAAAGCCAGGAGCACAAGGCGAGUGUGGAGGAUGGAGACGGCCACGGAGGGCGGUCCCUGCGGGAUUUGGGAGGAUUUCACCGCAGAUCUGGGGUGGUUCAAGGUCGAUUGGUUGGAAAGCACCGAGUUACCACCAGGGAGAAAGAAAUAUUUGCUUUUACCAGUACUGGUAGUGCAGAGGAGGAGGCUGGUUUAGCUCUCGGAAAAUGAUAAAUACCUGUGGUAUUUACAACAUAACCGAGAGCCAGAAGGUUAGGAAUGAUUCUCCCAGCUUUCCUCGCGUUUGCGUCCAGCUGAGAGCUCCACCCCCCACUACUGCAGGAUAGCUGGGAAAUCGGGACGCUGCCUGAUUGCUACGGAGACGAAAUUAAAAGUCCAUCCUGGGAGCUGUCUGGGAAGGAGAGGUCGGGAAUGUUGGUUCGUCUUUGCACUCAGGCAUGGAAAACGCUGUGGCUCAGGGAAAUUUCUGCUCUGCAGGCUCCUCCCGAGCCGCCCCAGCCUCAGGGUUUGCUGGAGGGGAGCGGACAGCGCCUCCAGGGAUGGAGAAGCCUUUAUCCGAGAGCACCACAAAACCGGACACGUCAUCUCUGAGAUUUCAUUCAGCAGAUCUGAAUUCCCAGAUGGAAGACCAGGAAGAAUUUUGGAAAUUGGAAUUGCUUAGGCUUCAAAAGUGCGGGCAGAAUUCUCUUUUAGCACCGCUGUGUUGUGAAACACGGGGCCAUACCAGGAAAAGAACAAGAUAUGUUGCUGUAAUGCUUUUCUAGCAUGAAAUUUUAAAUGACAGAGUGGCAAGAAUUGGUGGGUUUUUUUGUUUUUCUUAGGAUAAAGAUGUCAUCACUAAAACAAAAGAUGAGGAAGCCUGCAAUAUCACUGUAUGCCCGAGGAGAUGAGUGAAUUCUCUGGGACAUUUAUGCAAAUCUUUCUUAUUAUGUGUGCAGUUCCUUCGUUCGUCCUAAAAUACUGUGUGCCUCCAUCUGGCAGUAUCCAAACUUCUUUUUUUUUUUUUUUUUUUAAUUAAUACCAUCCACUUCACUGUUAUGAAGGAAAACACCAGCAUUAGCUCUCCGGUGCUGCACGGUAAGUGACCCUCUUUAUAAUUUCUCUAAAAUCUGGAAGAAUACAAAGGUCGGUCGACGAGCAGCAUCUUCUGAUGAUCAAAGAUAUUGUUACAGCCAAGAGCUCCGUUGAGGAUCACUGUUCUUCUUACACCCUUCUGCAGCAGAAGCUGAAGGACACCAUUUCCUUUCUGAAAUGUUGGGAGCAAAAAUAACUGGUCUCAUGUGCUAAGGGUAGGACGUGUUUGUGGAAGCUCUUCUCAGCCUCUGUCUUUCCCCCUGCUGCGCACUGAUGGAGAAAAUUAGGAUAAAUAGGAUAAAUACACAAUUCCCCCUCGGAGCUGCCGAGAUCUGAAAAAACGGGCACAAAGCAAGUGGAUUACGGGUGUCACAGUUAUUUUUGUGUGACAAAGAAAGAGAGAAACCACUUUCCCAGCCCAUUGUCUUCUCAGUUGGUGAUAAUGAUCGCGGUUCGAGGGAUGGACUUGUCCCUGGAAGGGAAGAAAGGAGGAGCUGCCCUUUGAUGUGUGUUAGAGGUUUGGAUGUUACCAUGCUUCCAAAUCAAGGGGCGAUAAGAGAAAAUCGCCGAAAAUUACUUCAUUCGUGCAAGAUCUUUUAGUAGCUAAAAUUUCCGGGAAUCCUAAAAUCAACCCUGGUUGUUACUUUCUCCUGCUGAUACAGUCACGAAGUUUUUCUUUUAAAACAAAUGAAGACAUCAGAGAAUUUCUAGGACUUGACCACUUGAGUAUUGUUUGACAGCAUCACUCCUUUUAGCGAACAAAAAUAAGGCGAAAACAUCUAGGAAAUUAAAGAAAAGGUGCCAAAACCAAGAGGGUUAUAACACUUUAUAAUAAUUUUUAAAGUGUAUUUUUUUACAGUAUAGUCUGAAUAUUAAAUGCUCGUGCCACAGGUAAAUAAGGCAAGCACUGUUUUAUUUUCUCCUUCAUUUUCUAAUUCUCUAAGAGAAAGGUUGGGCUGGGCUCGCAGGUAGCUGUGCACAUCCCCAGUGCAUUCCUCGCAGAAGCAGCCGAGGUGUAAAUCUGUCUUUAGGGCCAACCAUAGCUGCCUGACCCUGGGGUUUUUAUCAGGUUUCCGGCACGAAUCCUGCCUCACAGUACCCGACUGUGCUCAGUGGAUAUCCCCUUCCACCUCUAAUUUCCUGCGGUUGUUCCAGAUCUGCUGUAGAGCUCUCCCUCGUCUCGAGUUUGAUUCUGCCUCUAAUCAUCUCAUAAAUAAGCCUUGCAAAUUCCUGGGCCCCCCCUCAAAUACCUCGUCAUGAAUUAGUUCUCUUCCAUGACACGUUUUCUGAUGAUCCGUGAGACUCUUUAGAACUUUAUCUUUCACAGUUUCUUGUUGAACCUCUGGAGUCUACAUUUCAAUUAUUCUUCUAAUGGCCCAUUAAUUAGUGUGGUGAGAGCCUCAUCUUUGUAUUGCCUCCUUAGCUCCUCGUUAGCGUUUGUGUAUCGAGGAGUUUAACUUAAGGAGCUGACUGUUUCCUUGCCUUUUAUAUUAACUGGCUGCUGGCCAUAUAUCCUUAGGCAGAUACAGGACUUCAAGUUUAACACCUUUUUUUACAUAGAAAAGUUUAAAAGUCGGGCGAGGUGUGAUAUCCAUUAAGAAAAAACAACAUUAGGAUGAUGUACCCUAGAGCAGAAUCCUCAUUCUACUGUGAUGGCGACAUAUGGUGAAAUGUUUAUUUAGGGACAAUUCCUUGCCAGCUCUCAAUUCCAGGAACUUCUCUGACUCGUCACACUUUCUAAUCGCCCUGUGCUGAGUAACAAGUGGACAAGAGAAGGAAAAACUCGUCUGUGGCAGUGCAUCUUGCCGUGUGUACACAACGCAAACUAAAAGUUGUGUAUGCAGAGCUUGUGAUUGCGGUGGGGAUGUGAUACCCAGGGCAGCGGGCAGGGAUCCCAGUUCCGAGAGAGGAGAGCAUUUACACCGCACCUUUUUUCUUCUCUGCGGCACAAAGAGUGAGGAUUCAAGCCGCAAAUCCCCAGCCAGCAGCGCUGCCCCGACUGAGAGGAAAUAUUCCCCCUUCCGACGCUGGGUGGGGAUGUCGGCCGCAGACCGGCGCGUUCCUCGGUCCGCCCCGGAUUUGCAGACACAGGGAGACAAAAAAACCGUGUGAGCUGAGCUGAGCCGCUCGCAAAGGACUCAGAGCACUCGGGAGCUUCCAGAUUCCUUCACCCCAGGAUUGCUGGCCAACGCCGCUCUGCUUCGGACGCUACUAAAAAAUGCUGGGAGCCGCCGAGGACCGUGGAUGGCUUUUUUGGAGAGUGAUGGCGUGCGGGAGACGGAGCGGAGACACAAAGAGGCAAGUGAUCCUGUUUAUUCUGUGUAUUUGCGUGUGUCAGAGCGGGGCUGAAACCCUACACUACUCUCUGCCGGAGGAAAUGCAGAGGGAUUCCUUUGUCGCCAAUAUUUCAAAGGACCUGGGGGUUCCUCUGAGCCAGCUUGCAGCUCGCAAGGCCCGCGUUGUGUCCGAGGGGAACGAGCAGCUUUUCCGACUCAAUCAAAACACCGGUGUCCUGUCAGCAAAGGAAUCGCUGGACCGAGAGGAGAUCUGUCCGCAGAGCGAUACCUGCACGCUCGUCUUUAAGAUAUUCUUUGAGAAUCCAUUACAGCUUAUCCGAGGGGAGGUGGAACUUAGUGACGUAAACGACAACUCGCCCGUGUUCUCGGAGAAGAAGAUGGUUUUAAAAAUUCUAGAAACAGCAUCUCCUGGGUCCCGUUUCCCCCUAGAGAGCGCCCAGGACAAGGACGUGGGCAUUAACGGUUUGCAGAAUUACAGCCUUGAGCCCAAUCCUCAUUUCUCCCUCGCUAUUGGAACAGCAAAAGAUGGAGCAAAAUACCUGGAACUUGUCCUACAGAGCCAGCUCGAUCGGGAAGAGCAGGGAGAACUGAAUUUACUACUGACCGCCACCGACGGGGGUUCACCACCCAGGUCGGGCACGGCUCAGGUCCGCAUCGUGGUGGUGGAUGUCAAUGACAACAUUCCUAUCUUCGAAAGGGACACCUACGAGGUGCGUCUGGCCGAGAACAGCCCCCUGGAGCAGCUGGUGGUCAGAGUCUCUGCCGCGGAUCCCGAUGAAGGGUCCAACGGGGAAGUGAGUUAUGCCUUUACCCAGACAUCGGAGCGAUCCCGGCAGCUCUUCCGGCUGAACCCGACCACCGGUGAAAUACGAGUCGCGGGCAAGCUGGAUUUUGAGGAAGCAAAAUCCCACAAGAUGGUGGUGAAAGCCACCGACGGCGGGAGCCUAUCUGCGCAUUGCAAAGUGCAGGUGGAGAUCCUGGACGUGAAUGACAACGCCCCCGAGAUAGCGCUCACCUCCCUCACCGCCUCCAUUCCCGAGGACGCCCCGCCGCGCACCGUGGUGGCUCUGUUCAGUGUGCGCGACCGGGACUCCGGGGACAACGGCAGGACGGAGUGUUCCAUCGACGGGGACCUGCCCUUCAGCCUCACCCCCACUUUUGAUAAUUACUACGAACUGAGAACAAGCGCGGCUCUGGAUAGGGAAACGACGGCGGAGUAUAACAUCACCAUCACAGCCACGGACUGGGGCAGGAAGCGACUGAGUUCUCAGGAAAGCAUCUUCGUGCAGAUAUCGGAUGUGAACGACAACCCCCCAGAGUUCACCCAGGAGGUUUACACCAUGUCUGUCACGGAGAACAACAGCCCCAUGCUCCGGAUCGGCAGCAUGAAGGCCACGGACGCCGACACAGGAAAAAAUGCCCGUGUGAACUACGCGCUGGUGGAGGGCAAAGAGCAGCCCGAAAUAUCAGUCAACGCUGAAAACGGGGAUGUUUAUAUCCUCCGCCCGCUGGACUACGAGAAGGUGCGCGCUUUGGAGGUGACCGUGAGCGCAGCCGACAGCGGCUCCCCGGCGCUCAGCGCCCAGGCCGUGCUACGCGUGCUCGUGCGGGACGAGAACGACAACGCGCCCGUGCUGCUGCACCCGCCCCCCGACAGCAGCGCGGCCGGAGAGCUGGUGCCACGCUGGGCACCCUCCGGAUACCUGGUGGCCAAGGUGGUGGCGGUGGACGCGGACUCGGGGCAGAACGCGUGGCUGUCGUACGAGCUGGCCAAGGCCACGGAGCCGGCGCUGUUCCGCGUGGGGCUGCACAGCGGCGAGGUGCGCACGGCGCGGGCAGUGACAGAGAGGGACGCGGCUCGGCAGAAGCUCAUCGUGCUGGUUCGGGACCGCGGGCAGCCGCCGCGCUCGGCCACUGCCACCCUCGCCGUGGCACUGGUGGAUGGCUUCUCCGAAGCUCAUUUACGGGUGAAGGAGGAGGCACCGGCUGCAGAGCCCGACGGGCCGCUCACUCUUUAUCUGAUCGCCUCCCUUGUCUGCGUGUCUGCGCUGUUCCUCGCCACCGCGGUGGCCGCCGUGGUAGUGAGGGUGCGGCGAGCCAGGAACGAGACGGAGACUUUGCCCACGUUCCCGACGAGUGCCACGGAGAGCAACGCGGGCUCCCUGCCCCGCAGCUACGUGUACGAUGUCUGCUUCGCCGCCGGCACCGUCAACAGCGAGUUCCGCUUCCUCAGGCCCCUCUUCCCCUGCUUCCCCGCCGGGCUGCCCCCCGGCCCGGGCGAGCAGCGGAGCUCGGUGUGCUCGCAGGACGCGUCCACCCUCGGGGGCGAAGGCGGCUGGACUGGGCAGGGCAGUGCUCCCCUCCCUGAAGAUGUGGGGCCUAGAGCUGCAGAUGCAGUUUGCCCUGCUAACAGGGAGCUGGAGCUAAAUGUCAGUUCUGAGCAAAACCCUUGGCUCGCCCAUCAAUAAAAGAAGAGAAAGACAAGUUUGUCCUCACAGAGAAAAGGGAACAGAGAGACCAAACACCUUCCUAGAAGGUACCAGGGAAACGAAGCCUUCUCUGUGACAGUAAUUUCCCCUUGAGCAUUUUAUUCAUGUAGGUAUUUUGCAAUUGUGAUGUCGAUGGAGGAGGAGAACCGUGCUGCAUGUUGAUUACAUAAUAAUGUAUGAUGGUGAGAGUGCUACUUGCUUCUACAGACUUCGAGAAAUACCGAAAACUGGCAGCAGAUCUUUAACUUCUUGUUACACCGCCUUCUCUGGGGGGUUUCCUUUCGUGCUUCGCUAUUUCUUUUUAUGGAGAGAGCUUUGUAAUAUCUUAAUCUUUUGCCGUGUACUCAACACCAGGCGAAACAGAUAUUAUGCAGAAUUAAGUGGUGCUUGCAAAGGAAUUUCUUACAAGAUAAGCAGAAGCUGUUUACAUUGUGAAACUUCUGGCAUUGGCACACUUGGCAAUAUUUGACCAGGAUUUUACAGGUUCUCCUAAUUGUAAGUGGGCUUUGAGCAAUGUAGUCUUUCUUAAUUUCUUUUUUUCCAUAAAGUUGAAAUUACCGUUUCAUGAUUUUUAAAAACUAAGAUAAUUUAAAGUAUUGUUUGUGGUUUUUUCAGUAAAAUAGACGAAACCAUUCACAAUUAACUUAGGGCACUGUACAAUAUAGGGUGUCAAGAAGCUUUCUGUUAUUAUUUUCUCCGUCGGUAUUAAUCUAUAAAGUAAUGUGAUAAUUCCUGUCCUUGAACCAUUUUAAAGUGUCAAAUGAGUGAUGACAGAAAACAAUAAAAUCUACUUGGAACUCC